AUGGUAGAACGAAGCCAUCGACAGCUUAAGGCCGCUAUCAAAUGUCACCAGAACAAACGGUGGACUGAAAUACUCCCAACAGUCUUAUUAGGCAUACGAGCAGCUUGGCGCGAGGAUCUGAAGUCCACAUCCGCAGAACUUGUAUUCGGAGAACCACUUCGUCUACCUGGUGAAUUUCUCUCAACAAGAUCAGAUGACGCUAAGUUUGAGAACGCAGCAGAGUUCAUCAAGGAUCUUCGACACCAGAUUCGCCAGAUACAACCGGUAAAUGGAACCUGCCACGGAGAAAAGAAAAAUUUCAUAUUUAAGGACCUCGCCACCUCCAAACAAGUGUUUAUUCGUCAUGAUGGACCGAAAAACUGUCUACAAAUGCCGUACGACGGCCCAUACCCAGUUGUAAGUCGCAAUCGGAAAACCUUCUGCAUUGACGUGAAAGGGAAAAAGAUAACAGUGACUAUUGAUAGACUGAAACCAGCCUACAUAAUUGCUGAUGACAUACACGAGGAGGUUAGCUCCAGAAACAUGAAACAUGCCACACCCGAAUCUAUCGCAAAUAAGGAACCAAAAACAGAAGAACCGACACCAGAAACAAAAGACAGGAAAACGCGUUCCGGUAGAAGAGUCCAUUUCCCCGAACGUCUUCAAAUAAGUUCCUGCUGA